AGCGAAGGAAAAUAAAAGGCCAUCUUAUCCAAUUUGUGCAGGUAGUUAAUCGAAAUAGCAAGAGUGAACCAGUGGAAGAGAGACCAAGGAAAAUGGCACUCCUUUGUGCUUCAACUUCAGUUAUCUUCUCUUCUUCUUCUUCAUCUUCAUCGGAGAGACCUUCAUUUGCUUCGUUGAAAAGGUCUAUACCCAGUAACCAAAGCUCAUUUCUUGGGUUCUUCCCUGUAGUAGCAUUGUCCAAACCUUCUUCUGCUCGGACAACAACGUUGUCUUUCUCUAAACGGAAUUUCCGGGUUUUUUGCAUGGACCUCUCUCUUGUCCCUGAAAAUCAACGUUGGAUGUUCGAGGAAUCCGAGGCUGAUGGCCCUGACAUUUGGAACAACACAUGGUACCCAAAAGCUAAAGACCACAUUAAUACUAAGAAACCAUGGUAUGUUGUUGAUGCAAGUGACAAAAUUCUGGGAAGACUGGCAUCAACAAUUGCCGUGCAUAUCCGUGGAAAGAAUUUACCCACUUACACUCCUAGUGUCGAUAUGGGCGCUUUUGUAAUAGUGGUAAAUGCUGAAAAAGUUGCCGUGUCUGGAAAGAAAAGGACCCAGAAACUCUACCGGAGGCAUUCAGGAAGACCAGGUGGAAUGAAAGUGGAAACAUUUAAUCAGCUGCAGCAGAGAAUUCCUGAAAGGAUUAUCGAGCAUGCUGUUCGCGGCAUGCUUCCUAAAGGAAGGCUUGGAAGAGCAUUGUUUAACCACUUGAAGGUUUACAAGGGCCCGGAUCAUCCGCAUGAGGCUCAGAAGCCCACUGAGCUGCCUAUACGAGACAAAAGGGUGCAGAAGCAGCGAUAAGCAAACUUAAAGCAGGGACGGGUCGAGGGAGUUAGAAAGGGAGAGUGGCGUUGCUCGCUUUCCUCACUAUUUUCCAUUUUUUUCUUCUUGUUUUGGGUGCUUGGGGUAAAAUAAAACUUUCAUUCUUCAGCCCUUAUUAAGCUACAGAAUGAAACGCUUGUUUAUUAAAUGAACCUUACUUUAGCUGUGAAAGUAAAUGCUAAACACAAGAAUUUAUGCUGCA